AUGACGCACAGUGUGAUUCGACGUUCCCCAAGCUCGGCAUCAUCUACAGUGGCUGAUCCAUCAACCGUAACAGUGCGUAUUGAAGGCGCAUCAGCAAGUGAUUUAAAUGUUCAAGAUGUUUUAACAACAUCUUCAUCUAAUGAUGAUGAUGAUGAUAAUAAUGAUUUAAAAUCUCGACGAAGAAAACAAACUUUAACAGAUCGUUUUAAUCAUCAUUCAUCAUCAAGUACUCGUCGUCGACAUACAUCAGCAGUUGGGCAUCAUCAUCAUCAUCACCAUCAUCAUCAUAAAAAUUCUCUUCAUCAAAAACAUCUAAGUCGUAUGAGUACUGAUUCUAAUUCAAUGCCCGUACCAUUUAAUCGACCAACAACAGCUGUUUCAUUACCUUUGAAAUCAUCGGCAUAUGAUAAUAAAUGGGAUAUUGAUUCACCAGAAACUUCAGUAACAUCUAUUCCACGACGAAAUCCAUCAUGUCCAUCAAUAUCUCCAAUAUUAAUACGUUCAAAACCAUCAGCACAAUCACCUGUUUCAUCAUCAUUUACUCCUCAACCAGCACCACCUGUAUUUACAACAACUUCCGAAUUUCUCCGAACAGAUUUCCGUCCACAAAUACGACGCGAUAAUAAAAAACGCCCACAAUCUCUAGUAGGACAAACAUUAGCUAUGGGCGAUCCAGCAUCACCAACAGUUCCACUUGUUGCUCUUACUGAUGAUAUUUUAUUAGGUUCAAUCCGUGCAUUACAAAAUGAAAGACAAUUAUGUAAAUUAUAUAUUGAAUAUAUUAUUGAUGCAUCGAAUAUGAGACCCGAUGAAUUAGCACGUAAAGCAAAUGUAGGUGCUCGUCUUCCAUGUCACUGUGGCCAUACACAUUCACGUUGCACAUUAACACUUGAAUUUGAUCAACCAUUUUUUACAUCUUCUUCUUCAUCAUCAUCAUCAUUAGAUUCAAAUCAAUUAAGUAACAGUAAAGUUCGAGAAUUAAGUCGAACACAAUUAGGGCAACUAUUUUCAGCUGUCAAUCGUUUUAUAUCGAGAGCACAACAAGAAGGAAAACGUGUACUUAUAUAUGGUUUUGAAUUAACACCUAAUUCACCAUUAGCUGUUAUUGCUAUACAAUAUUUAAUGUUAAGUAAUAAUCAAUUAACAUUAACUGAAGCAAUGCAUACAGUACAUCGUUUAUUUCCUAUAUUACCAAAGAAACAACAACAAUUUCCAACAAUGGAUAAACGAUUUCAAGAUUAUUUAAAACAAUUAGAUCGAAAAAUAAUGCCAAUAGAUUUUGGUACAAGUCAUGUAAGUGGUGAUAAUGUUAGCAGUGGUAGUAGUGUUAAUGAAGCUCGACAAUCACCACGAGAUAGAUCAACAGGAUCAUUAGAAGUAACAACAACAAGUACUACAUCUAUUACACCAUGGACAGCUAUUCCAAUGCCAAUUACGAAUGAUAAUACAAAUCAAUCUCAUCAAUUAUUUACAGCACGACCAGCUUGGGACAGUUAA